AUGUCACUAAUUGGAAAUCAUUCCGGUGCCCAGCAUGAAUCUGCCUUCGAGGGAUAUGCUAACCGGCCCGAAAGAAAAUCUACAUAUGAAGUAGCUCAAAUUGGUGGGGAUGGUAUCGGACCAGAAGUAAUCAAUGCGGGGGUACAAGCGAUUCACGCUGUUGCUAAGAAAAUUGGAACUUUUACAGUCAACUUCAUGGAGCUAGACUGGUCUUCAGACCGAUAUAAAAGGAGUGGAAAAUAUGUCCCAGAGGAUUACAUCGAGAUUCUUCACAGAUACGACGCUAUCCUCUUUGGCGCUGUUGGCGCUCCCGAUGUUCCCGAUCAUGUAUCACUUUGGGGCCUGAGACUAGCCAUAUGUCAGCCCCACAUGUAUGCCAACGUUCGUCGCACAAAAGUUCUUCCCGGCAUUAGCUCCCCUCUCAAAGGUCUCUCACCGGGCGAUCUGGAUUGGUGUAUAAUCCGUGAGAACUCUGAAGGUGAAUACGCUGGUCACGGUGGCCGGUCCCACAGAGGUCUAGAGCAUGAAAUUGGAACAGAGGUGACGAUUUUCACCAGAACUGCGAUUCGCCGAAUCGCACGUUAUGCUUUCCAAGUUGCACGAUCCAGACCCCGAAAGCUCUUGACUUACGUCACAAAGUCCAACGCCAUGAGGAAUGGUAUGGUGCUAUGGGAUGAAGUCAUCAAAGAGGUCGCUAAGGAAUUCCCAGACGUUACUAUGGACCAUAUGCUUGUGGACGCGAUGACAGUUCGGAUGACUCUACAGCCCAAGUCUUUGGACACGAUCCUUGCAACCAACUUGCAUGCGGAUAUAUUGUCAGACUUAGCUGCUGCACUUGCAGGAUCAAUAGGUAUCGCCCCGACUGCAAAUAUCGAUCCGUCACGAACCAUGCCGUCUAUGUUUGAGCCAAUUCAUGGGUCAGCUUUUGACAUCACAGGUAUGGGUGUCGCCAACCCUGUUGGUACGUUCUGGAGUGCUUGUGAGAUGCUUGACUGGCUUGGUGAGAGUGAAGCUUCCCAACUACUCAUGGAAGCUAUUGAGAAGACUUGCGCGGACGGGAUAAAGACCAGGGACCUGGGCGGUAACGCCAACACUCAGGAAGUCACAAAUGCGGUCAUUGAGCGGAUCGAGGCUUUGUAG